GCUACUGGAGCUAAAUGACUUCUCUGUUCAAGCCUACCAAGAAAUGGAGGGACUCUGAGGAAGAUCCCUUGAUCAGACCUGUGAUAGGUAAACUGAAUGUUCAGAGAAGAAAUGCUGGGGCUGAUUUGAUUAGAGUUAAGUACACACAGAAGGAUCGAGAGAGGCUGGCAUCACAUGAGAGUCUGGAUUAUUUGCCUUCUCACAGUGAAGUUUAUAGAAAAUGGCUGAGAGAAAUGCCUUACAGGUCAGACUGGGACCACUGGUUUAUGAUGGGAUUGAUUGGAAUAGCAGUUGGAAUCCUGGGUUUUUUUGUAUACCAGGCUAUUGACACAAUUAAUAAAUUGAAAUGGAAGCUUGUUCUGCAUUAUAUCCAGAACAGUCAAUUUUUCCUCACUUGGAUCUAUGUCGUUGGUAUUGGAGCAGUAAUGGUCACAUUGUCAUCUGGAGUGGUGCUGUUUCUCUGUCCAUUAGGAAUGCCAAGUGGCUUGCCUGAAGUGAUUGGAUUUCUGAAUGGUGCCUCAGUUCAAUACAUCUUUAACUUUAGAACACUGAUUGGGACUAUGGUGUCUUGUGUGUUAGCUGUAGCCUCUGGGCUCUUCUGUGGGCCAGAGGGACCAAUGAUUCAUAUGGGGAGAAACUUCAUUACUGCAGGGGCAGGAGCAGGGAUAGCUUCUGUGUUCCGAGCCCCUGUGGGUGGGCUGCUGUUCACUUUUGAAGAGGUGGCUUCUUUCUGGGAUAUCAAACUAGCCUGGCAGACCUUUUUCUGUUGUUUGAUGGCUGCAUUUACCACCGAUCUCCUCUCCUCCUCUUUCCAUGGAUUUACUUAUCAAGGACAUUUUGGAUUCUUCAAGGCUGAAGAAAGCAUCUUAUUUGGGGUGAAAUAUUUGCUUGACAUGAAUAUUUUGAUCUUCAUUCCGACCAUUAUCCUGGGAAUAAUAGGAGGUCUUCUGGGAGCAUUGUUUAUCUCAAUGAACAUGAGAGUCAACCAAUUUCGGAUAAAAUUCUUUAACUUAAUUAAGCAUCCGUUAAUACAAAAGAUAAGCAAGCUCUUGGAGGCAAUCCUGAUUUUGGUAGUCACAAUUACAACCACAAUCUACGUGCCUUCCUUCUUCCCGUGCACCCCGCUCUCUCCCUACUGGCACCACGAACCGGAAAACAGGUCACUUUAUUACAACAGCUCAACAAAAGUCACUCACCUUCUGAGUAAGACAGAGCAUUUCUACCUCUAUAACUGCCCAAAGGGAACAGCAUGGAUUGGACCUGAUGGCAUAAAACAUUCAAAUUUUAGUUACAAUCAAGCUGCUGCACUUUUGGUUGAAAAUGGGAAGAACGGAAUUGUAUAUCUCUUCAGAAGAGGAACACACAAAGAAUUUGGAUUUGCUGCUCUCUUCACAGCCCUCAUUAUUUACUACUUGUUUUCUUGUUGGACAGCUGGUACUGCUAUGGCAUGUGGACUUGUCAUACCAAUGCUGUACACAGGAGCUCUAUAUGGCAGGAUAGUUGGCCUGAUCAUGGUGUCGAUAUUUGGUGUCCAAACUGACAAGUAUGGAGCCUGGAUAGAUCCUGGCCUUUUUGCAGUAAUUGGAGCUGCCUCAUACUUUUGUGGUGUUUCAAGACUGACAAUUUCCCUCACUGCUAUCAUGGUGGAGCUAACCAAUGAUGUGCAGUCCUUGCUGCCAACAAUGGUAGCUGUCAUGGUGGCCAGGAUGAUUGGAGACUUGUUCAACCAUUCACUGUACAGUUCUUUACUGAAGCAAAAACGUAUUCCUUUCCUGGAGCCAGAGCCAUAUGUCUUGUACCAGAAGAAACCGCUGAAUUUAGAGUUGUUUACAGCCAAAGACAUCAUGGAGCUUCAAGUAAAGGUUCUCCACCUGAAAGAAAAGGUGUCUAACCUGGCUGAGCUUCUACUAGAGACAAACCACGGUGGAUUCCCUGUGAUUUAUCAACCAGAACAAGCCCAGGAGGAAGUAUUCAUAGGAAGUAUCACCAGGCUGGAACUCUGCAGAAUCUUGGAAAAUGAGGAGCUUUUUGAAACACAGAAUAAAGAGAGCUACAACCAAUGUGCUCAGCUGAACUACCAUGAGAUUUCUGCCAAGCUUCAAGAUAUGACGAAGAUAAAUCUGCUCCUGAACAUGUACAGAACUGACCACCGAUAUAAGGACAACUACAUCAAUUUGAAACCAUACAUCAACCAGUCAGCAAUGACUGUCCAUGCUAAUUUUUCCCUUCAACGCACUUACAUCAUUUUUCGAACAUUGGGACUUCGCCACCUGACUGUUGUUGACUUGAGAAAUCGCGUUCUUGGCAUCAUUACACGGAAAGAUCUAAUGGCAUUCCGACUCGAGGAGAAACUGUUUGAAUCUAAGAAUUUGGAAAGAAACGUUUAUAAAAGAUAAAGUUUUCUGAUAAAAUUUUUCACUUAUUACUCUGUCCUUCUUGAAAUCAAACCUCAUUUAGAAGGGAAGGUAGCAAUUGUUUCUGACCAUAUAACAUCAUCACAUACUCCAAUCUUUUGCUUUGUAAUAACCUUUAUUUACAGGCUCUUCCACUCAGCCUGAAACAUCUUUUUUGAACAUGUAUUUGUUCCAUUUGGGGAGAUUAACUUUGGAGAAUGUCUCUUUACCAGUCUUUUAAAGAAUUGCUAUUGAUUUUUUGUUUGUUUGUCAUUGACAAAGGAUAGCAAGUAACAGCAGUCAUUCACAUCUUAGAAUUUUCCAAUUUGACUAUAGUAGGUUACUACUUUUGUCGAUGAAUUAAGCAAUGAUCAGAUAUAGAUUAACAAUAAACA